AUGGCUCUCACAAACGAGAUCUGGACUCGGGUGCUUCAGUAUCUGAGAGAUACUGAAGAUGGCCGAAAAGAUCUAUGUGCUGUCGCUCGGGUCUCAGAGGGCCUCAACGCGCUCGCUUGGCCAAUCUUGUACAAGAACAUUGCCUACCCUGUCGACUCCCUGAUCCUUCUCAACACCCUGGUGAAAAUGCCCUUCAUAACCGACCUUAUACGCUCUGUGGAGUUGACCGACUCCCGUCCGGCGGGGUAUGUCCCCCAGGCAGACCAACUGGCAGACAUGACAGUCCGAGGCCUGCAGGUUCCCCCCAAGCUCAAGGCCCGUCUCCAAAGCGUCGUUGACGAGUUCUCUUCCGGUGUAUACAACGGCAUCCCGACGCUGAUCCUGAGCCAAACACGCAAGGUCGAGUGUGUUACCUUGAAGCUGGAAGAUCCCUGCCCGGACCUGAUGUGGCUCAUCAGCGGGUCGGAGGACAUCGAGCUGCGCUGGGAGCCAGGCCAACGCUUCCUGUUUGAAGUAGAGAAGCUGGAGAAAGACGUGGAACUCUCAAAGCGGUUCGAGCUCCCGGACCUCAUCCCUCCCGAGGCAUCAAUGCCGUCGGCCAUAGACCUGGCUCAGUACGGCCCCAGAGCUUACAAGCACUACGGCCUGCCAUUCUUGACGGAACUCACCCUCAUCCACCCCAACGACGGCCCAAAGAUGAGCGCCUACCACCUUGUUCCCCUGAUGGCACACCGGGGCUUGCAAGUCCUCUCCUUCCAGGGCGUCUCCUACGAAGCAGCCGACGUAGGCUCCAUGAUGACCACGCCCGUCCAGUCCAACCUCCACACCUUCAGACUCUCAGACGCCCUUUUUAACGGAACGGGCCUCAAGGACAUCUUCUUCCGCUUCCCUUACCUCCGGACCCUCGAGCUGAGCUCGGGCAGCCCCAACAAGGCCGACCCCGCGGCCCGGCACCCCGUCAACUUCCGCGAACUCGGCGACGUGUUGACCGCUGUGGGCAAGCACCUGUACACGCUCCACCUCGACACGAGAGCGUUCCGAAGGGAGCCCUCCGUAUUUUGGCUCAUGUACCUGAACCGGCUCUUCUGCGUCAAGAAGCUGGUCAUCAGCACCGACUGCCUGCGCAACUACGACCCCUUUGUGCCCAAGGAUGAGAUGCGGCGGAUGCUGACUCACGAUCUGCCCCUCCGGCUGCAGGAACUGGAGCUCCUGGAGGUGGAUAUUGGGAAUUACAUCGAUCAAGAUUGA